CCCAACUUCUUCCAAACUGUCCCGGGACUCUGAGCUGCGCUUCUCCCGCUCCCCUCAGCUUCCUUAGGAUUUUGUUUCUCAGGGAUGGCCGCAUCUAUUCUGGAGGUAGGGAAUGUAAUUGAAGAUGCACGCUAUGGCUCCAGUCCUCUGGCUAUGUUAACUGCUACCUGUAACAAGUUUGGCAGCACAAGCCCCAUCAGGGAUUCGGCUACACCCGGUAAGAUCAGCAGCGCUACUCCAGUCAAGAAGCCUUACAUCAUGACCUCUGACCUUCAGACAGCAAAGAACGGGCGGACCGCAGACGGCAGUGGCCUGGCGGACUCCUACACUGGCUCCUUCACCACAGCUGGAGGAGGAGGAGGAGGUGGCGGGCUGCUUACCCCCACUGGAAGCCCCCCUCCUUCAGCCGGAGGCUACACUACAGAAUAUAACCCCUUCUCCCACUCCUUCCAAACCUCCAUCUCCCAGGAUCCGUCUCUUUUAGUGUCCAAGGCCCACGCCACGGCCGACUGCCUCACCAGUGUCUAUACCUCGCUGGAUAUGACACACCCCUAUGGCUCCUGGUAUAAAGCUGGUAUCCACCCUGGCAUUACUGCUGCUCCAGCUAAUGCCACGUCCUCCUGGUGGGAUGUCCACCCCAACUCCAACUGGCUGUCAUCAACUCAGCCCCAGGCGGACGGAGGUCUCCAGGCUUCCCUGCAGCCUGUGGCACCCCAGGCCUCUCUAAGCCCACAGCUGCCCAGUUACAGCACCGACUUUACACCACUCAACCCAGCUCCUUACCCUUCUGUGGGACUGGGCUCCUCCUCACACCUUCUCCAGCCCUCUCAGCACAUGCUGCCCCAGGACAUGUACAAGCCCAAGCCUGUGCAAAGUGCAGGGCUGAUUGAGAGUCCCAUGGGCCUAAAGCCUGCUAGGGGAUCAGGAGGCUACGGAGGGGGUGCACCCACCAGGUCCUCAUGUGACUGCCCUAACUGCCAGGAGCUGGAGAGGCUGGGGGCCUCGGCUGCAUCCCUGAGGAAGAAGCCGGUCCACAGCUGCCACAUCCCAGGCUGUGGGAAAGUCUAUGGCAAGGCCUCCCACCUCAAAGCCCACCUGCGCUGGCACACUGGCGAGCGGCCCUUUGUUUGCAACUGGCUGUUCUGCGGGAAGCGUUUCACCCGCUCGGACGAACUGGAGAGGCACGUGCGCACCCACACGCGGGAGAAGAAGUUCACCUGUCUACUGUGCAACAAGCGCUUCACGCGCAGCGACCACCUCUCCAAGCACCAGAAGACCCAUGCGGAUUCUGCAAUACAGGGCAAAGCUGUAGCUGUGGAGGGAGAGACAGAUCCACGGAGUGAGGAGACCACAGAGCUCAACACCAGCGCUGUACCCACCAAUCCUGUCGCUGACCAAAUCACCAACGGAGAAGAGAAGACUGGCACACCUAAUGGAGUUGAGAACACCAGUGGACUGUUGGAGAUCUGACUUCAUUAAGUCCUCUAUCCAGUACUAUGUGAGACAUGGUGGGUGUUUUAUGGUGGAAAAAUUCACCUUUUACAUUAAAAAGACAGUAUUUUGUUUCAAGACAUGCAAGGAUAUCAGACCAUGUUUAAAAAGGUUAAUGAUAAAUGACUGAGCAUGUUGCAGGUAGUAAUCACUUCAUUUUGUCUGGACCACACACACACACACACACACACACACACAAAUAUGAGCAAGCUGCAAACAUACACCAAUGCACAAAUGUAUGCAGGCAGACACAAAUACACACAUAAAUAUGAGAAACCAAGCCAUGAUGUACUUGGAAACAAAUAAAAAACACGUAUGUGCACAUACAAAAGCACAGAAAUAACUAUGAGCAAAUGUGCAAGAAUAUAAUGCAUACAUACAUGCACACACAGACAGACAGACAGACAGACAGACACACACACACACACACACACACACACACACACGUACAAGUAAACACACUCACGCACACAUUUUCUGCCUUUCAAAUGAGACAAACCACUGGGGAAAUUUAAUCUGCAAAAGCAGAAGGAAAAGAGCUCUGAAGCCGCAAAAGGAAAGUAGUUUUAGAAGGAGACUUAUGGUUAGGAUGAUGGAGUUGAUGGAGCAUUGCAUGUCUAGAGAAAAAUCUGAUUCACAGCUGUACUUUGAUACUUAUUCAUUAUUCUUAAAACAAUCAAUGGACAGUCUUACUUACUGCUUCUUGUUGCCAAAGACAUUUUGGAGUAAAAUGUUGUGCAUUUCAUUUUUGUUUGCAUCUUACUAUGUCUAAUUUAAUUUCAUAUUUACAUAAAUAAUCUAAUUUAUGUCUUAAAUUAUACACAUGGGAGAUUAUCUUGCACCCUGCAGGAAAUAUAAUGCCUGAAUUAAUGCAAGAUGGUUGAAGCUGGCCAAAAAGAAAAUAAAAUGCAUUAAAGACUUUUUUUUCCUUAUUUAUUAGUUAUAACGUGGAGUUUGGGGCUGUGUUUUUAAAGAUUUAUUUAUAGAUCUUGACGUUAGAUGUGCGUGUAAACUAUUUCUAUAUAAUCUCUCAAUUGUGAAAUCUUCCACACCUGGCAAAGUAAUGAUUAAUAAGGGUUCAUCCUUGUUUGUACAUACUAUAUAUUUACAACAAUAUAUAGAUAUUGUUAGGUGUGUUAUUUUUCUACUUUUUUAUGUAUUUUCUAUAUUUUGUGUAACUUUCCACAAUGAAAAAGACCUCUACGUUGCAUCAGCAUAAAGAAACAUAAACAUAAGAGCUUAAUUUGUUACUCAUAAUUUUGAUCAUCGUAGAAUUAAAUUACCACUGUUUGCUGACUUGUGAAAUGAGUGUAUAAGAUAUUGUAAAUAGUGAUCAAGCAUUAAACCUCGUAAAGGUGAACAUUGUAAAAGUUGUGGUGUGGAAUCAUGACAAUUUUGGUGCUUUCAAAAGUAAAGAAAUUUCAAAGGCA